AUGUGUAAUACAUUAAAUAAAUUAAAAAACUACAAUCCAGUUGGCUUUCCGAGCGACUGUGAACACGUGCAACUUUCUAGAGGGAAAUCUUUAUACGAAACUCUUCCGCUUGUUUGUGACAAUGUCACCACCUACGAGUUGUCAAGUGAAGAAGUUACCGGAUUGUCGGCAGUCUGCAAACACAAAAACAACAGCUUCGAAAACAACGUCAAAACCAUUUGUUUCCAACAGUGUCUUGCACUUUUUUUGCGAUUUCUUAAAACUCGCGAGUUUGGUCACAGGAUUCUUCGGAAUAUGUAUUAUUUAUUUUAAUAAACAGUUUUGGAAAAACAAGCACUACACUCUUUAUAGUAUUACCGCUAUUACUAGCUAUUGCCUAGUUUUCGCGGCUUCGGUGGCAGGAUUUAUACAAAUUAGGAGGAGUGAAAUUCUACAAUUUAAUUUACUGAAAUUGGCUUUCGAAGCAAAACAAAAAAAUGAAAGAUCAAAAAAUCAUAAGGGAGCGAGUAGAAAACGAAGUAAAAACAAAACAAAAUGUUUUUCCAACAACAAAUAAAUGUUUAUGUUUUCAAUAAAGUAACUCGAAUACCACUAAACACUAAAACAAAAGUUUUCUGAAUUGUGGGCUAAACCCUCAGCAAC